AAUCACACAUAUUUUUACUGGAAAAAAAAGGGCCUACCGUACCUACCAAACUCGUUGUCGUCUUUUAUAAUGACUUUGAAAUUGCUAUUUGGUUAUAUCACUUUUCCGGAUUAUUACCAACAUUUGUAUAACUACUUCCCAGAUGCUAAAUAUGUUGGAUUAGUGGAACUUUUCAAGCCUGCCCUGUUUGUGCGCGAUCCCGAACUGAUUAAAGACAUUGUGGUGAAGGAUUUUGAACAUUUUCCGAAUCACCCAGCAAGAUGAAGUUCAUGUUCGAAUUGCUAUCAAAAUGUUCUCACGAUUUCGUCGACUAUUUGGUGGAUCAUCCGGAACUUUGUCACACGAUCGAUACGAAGGA